UUUUUAUUUUUAUUUUUUUGCUAAGUUUCUUUUCUCUUUCUUUAUACGCUAUAUAUACACACACAAAUGUACUUCUCAUACGGACCUACAUCUUCCUGUUCUCUCUCUCUCUCUCUCUCUCUCUCUCUUUCUCUCCCCCCCUGUUACGAAGCACUCUUAACCUUUGAUCGAACAAACGCAUUAAGAUUCGAAAGAAGUCUCAGUACUGCCACCAUGGGAAGAUCACCUUGUUGUGACAAAGAUGGGCUCAAGAAGGGCCCAUGGACUCCCGAAGAAGAUCAGAAGCUCAUCGACUAUAUUCAGAAGAACGGCUAUGGAAACUGGAGAACUCUUCCUAAGAAUGCCGGGCUGCAAAGGUGUGGAAAAAGCUGUCGUCUUCGCUGGACCAACUAUCUGAGGCCUGAUAUCAAAAGAGGCAGAUUCUCUUUCGAAGAGGAAGAGACAAUAAUCCAACUCCAUAGUAUAUUGGGAAACAAGUGGUCCGCCAUUGCGGCUCGCUUGCCCGGAAGGACGGACAACGAGAUCAAGAACUAUUGGAACACCCACAUCAGGAAAAGGCUUCUCAGAAUGGGAAUCGAUCCGGUUACUCAUAGCCCUCGGCUUGAUCUUCUCGACGUCUCCUCGAUUCUGAGCUCGUCUCUCUAUAACCCUUCCCAAAUGAAUCUGUCAAGGUUGCUAGGAGUUCAACCAUUUCCUAAUUACCCAGAACUUCUAAAACUAGCCACUUCGCUAUUCUCUUCUUCUCAGCAAGAAAACCCGAGCAUCAAUCUCUUGCAGCAAAACGUUCAAGGCCAAUUGCCACCACUGGUUCAGCAAAAUGUUCCGAUGCUUAAUGAAACAGAAUUGGUGGAACCAAAUGUGGAGCAAUUCUCGUCACAUUUAGCCAACUUUGGCUCGGAAAGUUGCCAGCUAAACGAAUGGCAAAACGGUGGAAAUAUUCCUUACAACUUGACAGAAGAAGACUAUGCAAGCUCUCUACAAAACUACGGCUAUUUCGGCUCUGAAAGCUCAAAUUUCCUCAGCUUUCCAUCGGCCUUAUCAAAUCUGUCGACGCCUUCGUCGAGCCCCGCGCCGAUGAAUUCGAACUCGACGUACAUCAACAGCAGCAGCACUACUACCACUGCCGAGGAUGAGAGGGAAAGCUAUUGCAGCAGCAUGAACACGUUCAAGUUUGAAAUCCCAGACAUGCUUGAUGUGAAUGAGUUCAUGAGUAAUUAAUUAAUUUAAUCGGAAAUUAUGAAACUGAUCAACAACAGAGAGUGGUUUUUGAAAUCCUGUGGGCUUCUUCUCACUUUGUUGACGCUUCUUGUAAAAUUCAAUUUCUUAGUAAUCUGUUAGUACUUAAUUAGUUGUGCCCCAAAUUGCAGCAUCACAAUGUUCUCUUCAGUUCUUAAAUCUCUCUUCGUGAAACUUUCCAUUAUUGAUAUGUAUAUUCUAAUUUCAUUUUCUUCUUUUUUAUGUA